CCUUGACAUUAACAGAAAAAAAAAACAGAAAAUAAAAAACACAGAGAUUAAUAACGAAGAAAAUAUUAAAAAUAUUUUUCAACGAUAAAAAUAUUCUAAUUUAAACAACAAAAACAAAAAUCAAAACACCAUGUAUUCGAAAGUUAUUUGUGUUGUCUUCGUGGCCACUUUUGUGUGCGGUGCUGUGGCCCUGCCCAAACAGGAUGCCAACGAAAAGGAUUUAGUGAACAUGAUCAACAAAAUCGACAGCGAACCCAGUGUACCAUUGUUCGGUGGCCUGAGCAUUGUACGCUCCGAAAGUGGUCGCGCCUUUGGUCCUGCUGCUGGCAAAGCUGUUGAAACUUUCGAAGAACGCGCUGAACGUUAUUUGAAAUCUCACCAAUUGAACUUCUCCUUCCCCGAUGUCGAUGAAGAAGAAGAAUCAAAUGGUCGUGCCAUGGAAGAACCCCGCAGCAAGAAAAUGAAGAAGAUGUUGGUCCCCUUGCUCUUGGCUUUGAAAUUGAAGAAGGCCGUUAUCGUUAAGGUUCUCUUCAUGAUCAUCAAGUUCAUUUCCCUCAAGAGUUUGGCUAUCUCUUUCUUGGCUCUCUUCUUCGCUGGUGCCACUUUCUUCAAGGACUUGUUGAGCAAAAAGAAGGAACACAUCACCACCGCCUACAUCACCGGCAGUCCUUUGAACGCUGAAAUUGUGCACUCUGACUGGAACCGCAAUGGUCAAGCUGCUGCUUCUGAAUUGGCCUACAACCACUACGGUUUGGCUCAACCUUUCUAAGCUAUCCUUCUAAAACUUUCUGAUUCUUCUAUGCCUCCUGCCUUUACUAUACUAUCUCUUCUAUCUAUCUCUCUCCAUCCCCUCUCUCUCUCUCCUUCUCUGACUCUAAGCUCUCUAUGCUGAAAAACAAACAAGACUAAAUUUACACAUUUAGUUUUAGAAUUUAGUUAAAAUCUAUUUUUUAGUUAGUUUCUUGCUAUAAACCAAAAAAAAAAAAGAAAAAAUUUUCCCCUACCCUACCACAAUCUACUACUUCCCAAACGACCCAUGGCUCUUGAAAACUUUGGACUACUCCUGCUCCAAUUAAUGAAAAAAGCUUCAUAAUUCAUUCAUCUCUUCAUUAUGAAAGUAAUUUAUUUCAUGUCCAUUAUAUCAUAAAUUUCUUCCCCAUCAUUUUUUUGGUGGUGUCUCUGUUUUUAUGGUAUGAAAUUUUGAAAGGCUAGUACAGCGUCCUUUCUUCUGCCAACGAAACGAAAUAUUUACGUUUUUCCAACUCUGAAAAAUUGUGUGCGAAAUUGGUGCAUUUGAAUUUUAAUGAAAUGUUAAAUCGUUAUUUAUAAUGUUAACUGAUAAAAGAAAAUAUAUAUGUACAUAAUUUGUAUAUUUUUGUUUGUGAGUAUUCUCAUACAUACAUACAUAACAACACUCAGGUUGUAUUUCAUCGCUAGAAUGUGCUUAAGGACCACACUUGAAUUUCGUGUUAAACUUUUUUUGUAUACCCCAACUUUGUAACAAGGAAGGAUCUUAAAAGUCUGAUAAUUUUUUUGCCAGAGAACAAAAAACACAACAAAAAAAUCACAUAAUUUAUUUUUCAUUAAUUAUAAGUAUUUAUAAAAGUUAAAAAAAAAAAACAAACAAAAAAUCAUUACCAAAAGAAAUAUGUAUUUAAUUACAAUCAUGGAACAAACCAAGCAAACUGAAUAAAAGUUCAUUUAAAAAAGCA